CAAUUUUAGAAAACUUAAGUGAUUGAGUUCACUGAACAGACCUUGUGAAGCUAUUUUCAAUUUUGUGCUUCCUUCAUACUCAUCUGUGGACAAUUCCUUUUGGUUUUGAGGUUAUCUUUUGCUACUUUUCAACUUUUUCAAUUAUGGGGGUGACAGUGUUACAGCAAUUUCCAAUGGGAGAAAACAGAACUGGUCCUCAAACAAUUGAAUUUUUAACAAAAAGAGUGGUUGCCUUAGGAGCAGUGCAGUGCGGUCAGUUUCUAGUUGACUGUGAAACAUAUAUGUCAGUCCCGGCUUUAGGAACACCUCGUACGGUACAUGUCCUUCAUAACUCUGAACAACCGGCAUCAGUAUUUUCUUUAUUAGAAACCGGCACAAAAACUAUACCUCUUGUUGCGGAUGGUCUCUUUGACCUAUUAAUGUUGAAAAUGACACCGAUAUAUACAUCUAAAAAGCAGACUAAAGUUGAAUCAAAAGGACCUCGUUUUGAACUUACUGAUUUUGUAAUCAAACUGGGUAGUGUUACUAUGAGUCAAAACUUUAAAGGCAUUCUUGUAGAAGUAGAAUACAGACCUUGUGUUGUUCCAGCCAAUUGUUGGGAAUUGUUGAGAGAGUUUCUUCAAGGAUUUCUUGGUACUUGUGUACAAAAUGUACCACCACAGUACUUGCAAAAUCGCAUGACUGAUAUCUAUCAACCUAUGGACACUAUUCAUCAAUACUUGGAACAUUUUACAAUGUACCGAAAAGCUUCAGGCAUGCUUCAAUAUCAAUAAAUUGUACCUAUUAACAGUAAUAAAAUAAUGUUAUGAAAGUAA